AUGAUAAAUUCCGAGCGGCUCCGAGUACGGAACACAGAAAUAGACGACGAAAUUAAAUUUGUCACCGCGGGCCGAGGCGAGGGCGGUCACUCGCAGUCGGCUGACCUUGGCCGAGGGCACGCGCGGCGGACGUGGACGCUCGUAAAACGAAUACGCCUCUCGCCGGGGCGGACUGACGGGCGGCCGGCUAAAGCAGCGAGACGCCCGCGCGAUCGACGGCCGAUAGCUCACCCGUCAGCGCGCCGGCAUCCGGCACUCAAGGUGACACCCAUCCUCGCGGAUCCGGUCCGCGGUGGCCAACUUAUCGGACGAGACAAUGGAGCAAUCGCGACAUAUGGAACUCGACGAGCAAUUCCCACGUCCCGAGUCAUCGGAAUCGACGCCACUGCAAAGCUAAUGCCG